GGAGCGAAAAAGGAGGGGGGCCUCCGGAAAGAUGGCGGCUGCUCCUGCUGGUGUGGGCCGCCUCGAAGAAGAGGCGCUGCGGCGGAAAGAACGGCUGAAGGCCCUCCGGGAGAAAAGUGGGCGCAAGGACAGGGAAGAUGGGGAGCCACAGACCAAGCAGCUCAGAGAAGAGGAAGAGGAAGUUGGGAAGCACAGGGAACUCAGGCUUCGGAACUAUGUCCCAGAGGAUGAAGACCUGAAAAGGAGGCGGGUCCCUCAGGCCAAACCAGUUGCAGUGGAGGAGAAGGUGAAGGAGCAGCUGGAGGCUGCCAAGCCAGAGCCUGUCAUUGAGGAAGUGGACCUGGCCAACCUAGCACCUCGGAAACCUGAUUGGGAUCUCAAGAGAGAUGUGGCCAAGAAGCUGGAGAAGCUGGAGAAGCGGACCCAGAGAGCCAUCGCAGAGCUGAUCCGUGAACGGCUGAAAGGCCAGGACGACAGCCUGGCCUCUGCAGUGGAUGCCACCAUUAGACAAGAGGCUUGUGACUCUGACUGAGAUGUUUUCCGUGUCCUCUCUGUUCAGCACACACAUCCUGUGGGAAGAUAGUCUCAGACAGGGAUGGGGUUAGGCUGGCCAGCACUUCUGGGUCUUGAGAACUGAGCCAGCCCACUGAGUCUCAGCUUCUGUUGGUUGUGACCAGUUCACCUCCCAAGGGUGUCCACCACCCCGAGUGGGUCAAAGCUGAGGUCUGUACAUAUGUAUGGGAAUGGAGCUUUGUAACUUCUGGAAAUAAACCUCCAUUUAGUCGA